AUGGCCGCCAACAUUCUUCGUUCCUAUAACGCCGCCCUCAUCCGCAGGCCUAUGCUCACACAAUGUCUUACAGCCGGUGUACUGUUCGGUGCAGGAGAUUUGAUUGCUCAGCAAGCAGUGGAACGGAAGGGACGAGACCAUGAUUGGACGAGAACGGCGAGGCUCACGUUUUACGGAGGUGCCAUUUUUGGCCCAGCCAUGACAAAGUGGUAUCAGCUCCUGAACCAGCUAAAGUUUGCGAGUCCUACGCGAGCUUUGGCUUAUCGGGUUUUCCUUGAUCAAGCUGUUCUCACCCCGGUCGCCGUUGCGUUCUUUUAUGGAGCGAUGAGUUGUCUAGAGGGCAAGCCAGAGGAAGUGGUACCAAGGGUCCAAGCUGCCUACGUACCGACUCUGAUCCGUAAUUGGGGCGUAUACAUUCCGACUCAGAUUAUCAACUUUUCACUCGUCCCGCCGCAUCUGAGAUUGGUGGUAGUCAGUGUGGUUAGUUUGUUCUGGAAUACCUACCUCAGCGCGGCCAACGCAUCUGUUCAGAAGGAGUCAACUGUCACAGGCACCAGUAUUGAGAAGGUUGAGGUUUCUGAAUUUUAA